GACGACACUUCUGCGCGCCGGAAGAGAGGGGUUCCCUGUGCUACGCGUCUAGUAACGCAGAGCUAAGGGUCUGGUUCUGCUAUGCGGAUCACCGGGAAAACAUUCCGCCGGCGCCGGGCUGACUCGGAGUCGGAGGAAGAUGAGCAAGAAUCAGAGGAGGUUCGGCUAAAACUGGAAGAAACCCGAGAGGUGCAGAAUUUGCGGAAGAGGCCAAAUGGGGUGAGUGCGGCUGCCCUGCUGGUGGGAGAGAAGGUUCAAGAGGAGACUACUCUGGUGGAUGAUCCUUUCCAAAUGGCAACAGGUGGCAUGGUGGACAUGAAGAAACUGAAGGAGCGGGGCAAAGACAAGGUCAGUGAAGAGGAGGAUCUGCACCUGGGGACGUCGUUUUCUGCAGAGACCAACCGGAGGGAUGAGGAUGCAGACAUGAUGAAGUACAUUGAGACGGAGCUGAAGAAGAGGAAGGGGAUUGUGGAGCAAGAAGAACAGAAGGCCAAGCCCAAGAAUGCUGAGGACUGCCUCUAUGAGCUGCCGGAGAAUAUCCGAGUCUCCUCUGCCAAGAAGACUGAGGAGAUGCUGUCCAACCAGAUGCUGAGUGGCAUCCCUGAGGUGGACCUGGGCAUAGAUGCUAAAAUAAAAAACAUCAUUUCCACGGAGGACGCCAAGGCCCGGCUGCUGGCAGAGCAGCAGAACAAGAAGAAGGAUAGUGAGACAUCUUUUGUGCCCACCAACAUGGCUGUGAACUAUGUGCAGCACAACCGCUUUUAUCACGAGGAGCUCAAUGCACCCAUCCGAAGAAACAAAGAAGAGCCCAAAGCCCGGCCCUUGCGAGUGGGUGACACAGAAAAGCCAGAGCCAGAACGGUCCCCUCCCAACCGCAAGCGUCCUGCUAAUGAGAAGGCCACAGAUGACUACCACUAUGAGAAGUUCAAAAAGAUGAACAGGCGCUACUGAGGCAGCUGGAUAACGAUGUGCAUGCACAGGCGUGUGCUUGUGCGCGCGCACACACACAGACACAUACAUGUCCUCUUGCAUAGAACCUGCUUAUUAGCUUUUGGAGUUCCCCAUCAGACAGUUGUUCUGCUCAGCUGCUGGAUUUCUGUUCUGGUUUGGGUUGGAGACUGUGGCUCCCUAUGUUUCCUAGGCCAUGAACUCCCUCCUCUUCCCUACUACUGGGAUUUUAGAGCCCCCCACCUCCACUCCUGGCUGACAUUUUCAAGCACUAACUUUGUAACUAUUGAAAGAAUACAGUAUGUCUAUGUCUAUAUUGUUUCCUCCCUGGGGCAAACUAUACUCAAAAGUGUUAUUAAAUCAUUUGUAAAUAUA